CAUGUUCUUGUUUCGAUCGAUUGGUUAAGCUGCUUUCUGCUAUUUUUCGCGUACACCUUAAACAUCGAUCAUCAACAUUACGAUUUUAAAAACGUAAAAUUGUAUUAAAUACUUUUAUUCGGAUAACAGAAAGUAGUCAUUCAUAUAGAAUUAUUAUAAUUUUCUUUUUUUUCUGAAAUUAUGCCUCCGUCUAGUGGUUCAGAAGAAAAUCCUAGCCCACGAAAAUUGAGUCCUUUCGUCUUUUGGGCACAAACAGAAAAUAAUAUUUCUCUUCGUGUCAGCUUACAAGAUGUUUCGGAACCAGAGAUUAAUACUGAUGCAAAUUCUAUUGAAUUUUCUGCUCAUGGCAUUGGAGCAAAUGCUGGACGAAAUGAAUAUUAUUUCAAGUUUGUCUUCUUUAAAGAAAUAGAUCCUAAAGUUCAAAUUUCUAUGAAGCAGAUGGCAAUUGAAAUUCUGAUUGAAAAGAAAGAUCUUGAAUGGUGGCCACGUCUUACAAAAAAUCCUGAGAAGCUAGCAUGGUUGAAAUUAGAUUUUAACAAAUUAAAAACAUUUGAUGAUGAAGAUGAAGAAGAAGCAUAUGAUCCAAGACUUUAUGAUCCUGCUGAUACACUAUCAAAAAUUAAAAGUCGUAAAAGGAAGUAUCAGCAAAGAGUUGAAGAUUUUCGAAAAAUCUAUUUAUUUUUGUACAACUUAUCACAAUUCAUUGGUUUCCUGUAUGUCUUGAUUGUAUUAACUAUUGAAUAUGCUAAAGAAGGUCCACAAUUCUUGGAAAAAGCUUAUCCUCUAGUGCAAACAGCAUUCACUUUUUGCCAGGUCUUACAAAUGUUAGAAGUUAUCCAUCCAAUGCUUGGUUACACAGCUGGAAGUGCAUUUGCACCAUUUCUACAGGUAUUUGGACGCAUGUUCAUGCUGGUUGGAAUGAUCAAUGCAGAACCUCGUAUACAAUCAAAACCUGCUGUUUUUUACUUAAUUUAUGUGUAUUGCAUAAGUGAGGUUAUUCGAUAUCCUUACUAUAUGUUGCGUGUUUACAAUGUCGAUAUUGGAUUUCUUACAUGGCUUAGGUACACAGUAUGGAUAGCACUUUAUCCUUUAGGAUUUCUUUGUGAAGGAAUCAUCAUUCUACGAAACAUUCCAUAUUUUGAAGAGACACAAAAAUACAGUUUGUUUCUCCCAAAUAAGUGGAAUAUCUCCUUUUAUUUCCCAUCUAUUUUGAGGCUCUAUCUUUUACUUGGUUUAUUUCCACUUUUAUAUUUUGCUAUGACCCAUAUGUACCGUCAACGAGUAAAAAUUUUGGGAAGAAGCCAGCAUCGCAAAGAAGACUAGUCAGUCUCAUUACAUUUUCAAUUAUGAAAGGCAUGUACAAAUUUUAUUCUAUGAUUAUAAUAAUCAAAUCUUUUUGUACAGUUUAUGAGAUUAGGAAAAUUUUAAAUCAUUGAUACUUAUUAGCAUUAAUGAAAUGCUUGCAAUUGAAAUAAAUUUUUUUUUUC